AUGCACCUCACAGUGGACCUGUCAGCCGCCGUCAUUUUUGCGGGCGCAGUAAUGGCGUCUCCAGUACUGAUAUCUAAGUCUCCAGUGACACUCUCCCUUUCCAGACGCGUCAACACAACAAGUAUUCAUAAUCUCGUUCGACACGAUCAGUCCAGAGCCAAGCAGCUCAGAUUCGCGACGGCGCGAUCAUCAUCUCCUCCAGAUGCCAGCAACUUUUCAAAGCAAAGAAAAGACGACGUAAAUGUACCCGCAGACAAUCAAGCGGUAUCUUAUGUCGCUUCAUUGGAGAUCGGAACUCCAUCCAGUACUUCUCGGCCCAACACAUUCUCUCUCAUUGUCGAUACAGGAAGCUCAAACACUUGGUUUGGUGCUGGGACAACCAAAUACAUUUCAGGAACUGCAGAGCAGGAUUAUGAUUUAGUGGCGGUCCAAUAUGGCUCUGGAUACUUCAUCGGAGAUGAAAUUCAUGAUGUCGUGACAUUAGCACCAGGGUUCAACGUUUCGAACCAAUCCCUGGGCAAAUCUUUUCUGGCAAAAGGGUUCUCGGAUGUCGACGGUAUUUUAGGUUUGGGCCCGACGCAGCUUACAAAAGGGACACUUUACCCUUCUGUCAAUGAUGUAAUUCCUACUAUUAUGGACAAUCUGUAUAAUCAGGGACUUGUUUCUAACUAUGAGGUGGGGAUCUUUUUUGAGGCUACGACCGACACAAACGUCUCAAACGGCCAGCUUACUUUCGGAGGCACCGAUCCAUCUAAACACAUGGGCGAUAUCACCUAUACGCCAAUUACAUCAAUAUCCCCCGCAAGCGCUUACUGGGGCAUUACUCAGUCGCUGAGCUACGGAAACCUCAAUAUCCUUUCUCCAGGUACGCCUGGUAUCGUGGACACAGGAACAACUCUUAUUCUUAUUGCAACGGACGCAUUCCAGAAGUAUACAUCGGCAACCGGAGCCACCUUUGACGGCGCGACAGGCUUACUGACUAUCACACUUGCUCAAUACAAGAACCUUCAGAAUCUGAUUUUUCACAUCGAAGGAACAGACUUUACGCUGAUUCCCGACGCACAAAUAUGGCCUCGCGCUCUAAAUCAAGACAUUGGUGGUAUUACAGGUAGCAUAUAUCUGGUCAUUGGAGACCUUGGCGAAUUAUCAGGCGCAGGACUUGACUUCAUAAAUGGCCUCGGUUUCCUCGAACGGUUUUAUUCCGUAUUUGACACGGGCAACAAACGGGUGGGACUUGCUCCAACGAGUAUCACGACACGUAUAAUAAAUUUCUAA